AGAUGUGAAUUUUUAGGAUGCUUUUAUUUUGGAGGUUUUCCCCGGAAGUGUAUACGUUCGAGUUCAGGCUGUGUAACUCAAUGUAGCUGCUGUAAAGAUCAACUACUGCAGUUUUUUUCUAAGAUUUUCCCUGUAAUGGCACUACAACUGAAAGACAAAGAUGCCUACCAAAGAAUGAACUAUCUUUACCAGGCUGCACAUUGUGUUUUAUCCCAAAACCCGGAAAAUGUUGAACUGGCGCGUUUCUACUGCUUCACACAGAAGACCAUUGCAAGGCGUUUAGUUCUCAGACAAGAUCCAUCAGUGAAGAGAACAUUAUGCAAGAAGUGCUGCUCACUGCUCAUCCCUGGAGUCUCUGCUACAACCAGACAAAGAAGAAAAAACAGCAAAACCCGGUUUACUGUUUUGCGGUGCCUUAGCUGUGGGCAGAGCAAGACUCUACUGAAUGAUCCCAAUCACUGUUUAUGGGUGGAUCGUCCCGAGGCUCAGAUGGAGCAACAAAAGCAGUCAGAUCCAGGCCCUAAUAAAAAACAGAUGAAAGGUAAAAAACCUGAUGGGCCGGUGUCUUCUAAACCCAGGGCUGCCAAGAGCGCUGCAAAGGGCACUGCCAGCACGUGACAGCGUCUUAUGAUUAAAAACAACCUGAUAUUUAUUGCCUAUUUUAAAGAUAAAUCCCCAGCCUUCUAGUUUUUUUUAAGGAUUGAGUUACUUUUUGGCCUCUGUGAGAUCAUUUUCUGCAGUGUUUUUUUCACAGAGCGAUUUUUUAAGCUACCAAUAGAUGGCCACCAUGUUAUGUACACUUUAAGAAAGAAGUGUGUAUUUUGCCCAAAUGUAAACAUCAAUGUGGUAAUGAUUCUAUUAAAAACUGCAAACAAGAAUGGAAGAAAUGAAUUUAUUGGUCAUUAUGAUAUUGUAUACAUAAUAUUUUACAUUUUCUGUACAGUACAAAUAUCUUGUCCAUUAACCCUUUGUUGUCAGGAACUUUCUUUAAAGGUUGAUUGAAGGGAAAAAAUAAAGGGUAGUUUCUUUCACA